AUGUUGCGCCAAGAGCAGGGCAAUGAUUCCCUCAGCCGACGACUUGCCAGAAGUCCAUCCAAGGCCGCCAAGGCACGCAGAGUUCUUCUCACAUUCGAACAACUGCCACAAUGGCAUCAAGAUAAUGAGUACAUUCUUCAUGGCUACCGCCCAAUCUCAGGAUCGGCUCGGGUAUCUUUCUGCAGUUGGACAUACCUCCACAAUGAGUCGGUCAACAUAUACUCUCACCUGAUACCAGCAAUCGUCUUUCUCUUCAGCCAGUGGUAUCUUCAGAUGUUUCUGAAAAGGGAAUACCCCAAUAUGACAAUUUCUGAUCACUUUAUUUUUGCUUUCUUCCUUUUGACUGCCGCUAUCUGCCUGGGGCUGUCAACGACCUAUCACACCAUGAUGAAUCACUCCUACGAGGUCGAACAACUGUGGCUGCGAUUCGAUCUGAUAGGCAUAGUCGUCUUGACAAUCGGAGACUUUGUCUCCGGGAUAUACAUGGUGUUCUGGUGUGAACCCCUGCAACGCAAGAUCUACUGGUCCAUGAUUGGGGUUCUCGGGUUGCUUACUAUCUUCGUCAUGGUAACUCCCAGAUUCCAGGGCCCGAAGUUUCGCCUUUUCCGAGCACUGACGUUCGUGGCGACGGGCUUGUCCGGCUUUGCGCCCUUGAUACAUGGGAUCAAGCUGUUUGGCAUCUCGCAAAUGAUGAUACAAUCUGGAAUGCCCUAUUACCUGAUUGAGGGAGCCUUCCUCCUAACUGGCGCCUUGAUAUAUGCAACCAAGUUUCCUGAGAGUCGAUAUCCAGGUCGAUUCGACAUAUAUGGGUCCUCCCAUCAACUGUUUCACAUCCUCGUGGUCUUCGCUGCUGUAACCCAAUUGGUCGGGAUACUGAAUGCCUUCGACUAUAAUUACCGCAAUCGAACAUGCUCAUAG